UGCUCGCGCCGCCCGCUCCCCUCAGGCGGGGAUAAAUCGCGAGGGCGGCAGCCGCGCUGCUCAGUUGCUGAGGGGAUUUAAAGGGACCGGAGCCGCGGCGGAGCCUGGGCUGCGCACACCGGGCACUCGCAGCGAGGAGAGUAGGUUAUUUUUGUUUAGAAAUCAUGAACUGGCACUUCCUUCUCCUUUUCACCGCUGUGACUUUAACAUCUGUGUGGUCCCAGUUCAAUCCUUUAUCUCUUGAGGAACUUGGCUCUGACAUUGGAAUCCAAGUUUUCAAUCAGAUAGUCAAAGCUAGACCUCAGGAGAAUAUUGUGGUUUCUCCACAUGGGAUUGCAUCUGUACUGGGAAUACUUCAGCUGGGUGCUGAUGGCAAGACAAAGAAGCAGCUGACAACUGUGAUGAGAUACAGCGUAAAUGGAGUUGGUAAAGUAUUAAAGAAGAUAAACAAGGCCAUAGUCUCAAAGAAGAAUAAAGACAUUGUGACAGUUGCUAAUGCAGUGUUUGUAAAGAGUGGCUUUAAAAUGGAAGUGCCUUUUGUUACAAGAAACAAAGAGGUGUUUCAGUGCAGUGUCAAGACGGUGGAUUUCGAGGACAAAAAUGCAGCAUGCAAUUCCAUAAACCAGUGGGUGAAAAAUGAAACAAGGGGUAUGAUUGAUAAUCUCUUAUCUCCAGACAUUAUUGAUGGUGCUUUGACCAGGUUGGCGCUGGUAAAUGCGGUGUAUUUCAAAGGCUUAUGGAAAUCUCGUUUUCAACCUGAAAAUACAAAGAAACGCACAUUUAAUGGAGCUGAUGGGAAGACUUACCAAGUACCUAUGCUGGCCCAGUUGUCUCUGUUCCGCUGUGGCACAACAAGUACCCCAAAUGACUUGUGGUAUAACAUAAUUGAAUUGCCUUACCAUGGCGAAAGCAUCAGUAUGUUGAUUGCUCUGCCUACAGAAAGCACUACCCCUCUCUCUGCCAUCAUUCCUCACAUCAGCACAAAAACAAUACAGAGCUGGAUGACAACCAUGAUACAAAAGAGAGUGCAAGUUAUUUUACCCAAGUUCACAGCAGUAGCAGAAACAGAUUUAAAGGAGCCUCUGAAAGUACUUGGCAUUACAGAUCUGUUUGAGCAGUCAAAGGCAAACUUUGCAAAAAUAACAAGAACGGAAAGCCUUCAUGUAUCUCAUAUUUUGCAAAAAGCAAAAAUUGAAGUUAGUGAAGAUGGAACCAAAGCUUCUGCAGCAACAACUGCAAUUUUAAUAGCCAGGUCUUCCCCUCCUUGGUUUAUAGUAGACAGACCAUUUGUAUUUUUCAUCCGUCACAAUCCUACAGGUGCAGUCUUGUUUAUGGGACAAAUAAACAAACCUUGAGUACGGAAAAGGUUUUCCUUAAGAAGCAAAGUAGAGACUCAUUUGAUACAUCCUUGCUAGUUCCGUUAAAUAUUUUCGUACACUACUUUCACUUCACUCAAGAACUAGUUUUUAGCCUGCUGUGACUAGAUUUUGAAAAAAGAGUCAAUGUAGUUCUGGUUUUGUGGGAAAAUACAAAUUGAAAACUAUGAUACCUUUUCAAAAUGUCUAAAAGAUUCUUUGAACUACUGAAUGGUUGCCUAUGCUAACAAACUUACUGAGCUUUUUCUGUCCUAAGAAUUUUAUGCAUAGUUUUUGUGGGAGGGUUUUAACAAGAGCAUGACUAAACAAACCAUUUCUGUUAGCAUUGAUUUUUCUGUGGAAAAUGUCUUUGGGUUUGUAGAUGUCCCUUCAACACUAUUUUUGCCCUUGAAUGGCUUGAUGACUGGGUAUCUUUUGUGGAACUAGAUGAAAAGCUCUAGCAGUUUAUUUUAUAUAAUGCAUGUAACACUGAGGUAAAGUUUUAAAGAACUAAUGUCUUGAUAACACAUUUGCAUUGACGUCCUAUUUUACUGUAAUGUAAACUUGUCAUUGCUAGUAUUCACUUUGUAUUGGAUUUAAAUUUUAUAUCUGUUUUUGUACAAAGGAAAAAAUAAAAUGCAUUAUGAACAGUCAGAGAA